AUGGCUUCACGCCACGAAGCCCACGGAUCAGACUCCAGCUCACCCGCGGACGUACAAGACGGCAUUGCUAGAAAGCAGGUUUCGACGACUUUCGAUAUAGAACCGGCAGACGAUUUUGAAGACAGCUAUCAUGCCCGCCAUGGCACGACGCAAAACGACAAAAAAGACAUGGUCCGCAUGGGCAAGACACAAGAAUUGAGAAGAGAUUACCGGCCGCUGUCGGCACUCGCUUUCACUGUUAUCUUGCAGGGCACAUGGGAGGUCUUGUUGGUCGCAACCACCCAAGGUCUGGUUGAUGGCGGUAUCGCUGGCCUGUUCUGGAGUUAUGUCUGGACAUGGCUCGGCUUCAGUACUGUCAUGGCUUCAUUGGCCGAGAUGGCCUCCAUGGCCCCGACCGCUGGCGGUCAAUACCAUUGGGUGUCUGAGUUUGCCCCACCUCGAUUCCAGAAGGUGCUCAGUUACGUGACAGGAUGGAUGGCGACUCUAUCCUGGCAAGCUGGCACUGCUUCGGGACCCUUUCUUGUGGGCACUCUGAUCCAGGCGCUAAUUUAUGUCAACGACCCAAGUUAUGUCUGGCAAAACUGGCACGGCACGCUGCUGGUCAUUGGAAUUACCCUCGUUGUCUUCGCAGCCAAUGUCUGGGGUGCAAGAGGGAUGCCCAUGGCACAGAACCUGAUGCUUGUGGUCCAUGUCGCAGGAUUUAUCAGUAUCAUUUCCGUCUUUUGGGCCCUGGCGCCUCACAACUCAGCCGAAAUCGUCUUCACGCGCUUCACCAACGACGGCGGAUGGAACUCAAUGGGCCUAGCCUUGAUGGUGGGGCAAAUCUCUGCCAUCUAUGCCUGCAUUUGCUCCGAUGCCGCAGCCCACAUGGCAGAAGAGAUCAAGGACGCCGGUACUACCGUGCCUCGUGCGAUGGCCUGGGCUUACAUCUUGAAUGGCGGUCUCGGCUUCGUCUUCUUGAUCUCCUUUCUCUUCGCAAUGACCGAUCUUGAGGCUGCCCUGAACGACGACACUGGCUACCCAUUCUUGACGGUCUUGGCCAACGCAGUUAGUACCUCAGGUGUCAACGGCCUGACUGCGAUCGUUACUCUCCUCAUUUUUGCCGGCACACUCUCCUUCAAUCUCUCGACGUCUCGACAGACUUGGGCUUUUGCUCGCGACCAAGGUCUUCCCUUUAGCAAGUUCAUUGCCCAUGUCGACCCCAAGCUGAAGGUUCCAGCCAAUGCCGUCGGCGUCACAGCGGCCAUUACCAUCAUUCUAUCCUUGAUCAACAUUGGUUCGGAUGUUGCUUUCAACGCCAUCAUUUCGCUCAAUUUGGUCUCGCUCAUGCUGACCUACCAAGUCUCCAUCGGCUGCGUACUCUACCGUCGUCUGUAUAACCCGGAGCUCUUACCACAGGCACGCUGGAGUCUUGGCAAAUACGGCGUCCCCAUCAACGCAGCUGGAUUCCUGUACUCCUCUUACGCCUUCUUCUGGUGUUUCUGGCCGAAUGAGACGCCCGUCACCGUGGAGAACUUCAAUUGGUCGGUAGUCAUGUUUUUCGCCAUUUUGUUCUUCUGCCUGGUCGACUGGUUCGCUCGUGGACGAAAGAAGUUUGUCGGUCCCGUGGUUUUGACAGACGGCUGGACUGGACCUAGCACAGGCUGA